UGUGUUACAAAGUGCAAACACAUAAUGGCUGUUGCAGUAAAACAAAACCUCCUUAUUGGAGCUUUGAAAGAUCUGAUAUCUUUUGGUAGAACAUUGCUGGAGAAUGUACAGAAGGACAUCGCGGAAGGUGGUUCUUCGCUAGAAACUGCCCAUCAGAAAAUGAGCGUUUUAUUAGGUCUGAUGUCAGCAGAGGCCAAGUUUUUUGACAGCCUAGGUGUGAAGAACAUGAAGGAAGCAGAAAGUAUAUGGGAACAAUUUUUUCAGACAGCUGAAGUGCGGGAUCAUGUUGAAAGCUUUCUGCAGCUGGAAGUGGAGUGGGACAGUUUUUUGAAACGUCUGGAUGUUCAGAUGCAAAUGAGCGACACCGUUCUUUCACACUGUCCUGCAGCCCAGACGCUGAGCUCAGAUACAUGGCUCGUACACGUCCAAACCAAAGAGAAUGUGUCGCUGGGUCAAUACUUGGGCAAGGGAGAGAAUCUCCUACUUGUUCUACUUCGACAUUUUGGAUGACAGCCAUGACGAGACCACCUGACUGAGCUGAAGAACAGCAAGAAUCUUCUGGAAGCUCAGUCAGUGCGGGUGCUGGUGGUCUCGUAUGGGUGUCUGGAAGGGGCAACGUUCUGGCUUGAUCAGACAGGCACUGAAUUUGACAUGCUGUUUGAUGAAGAGAGAGCGGUGUACAGAACAUUGGGUCUGGGUUCGUCGUUUGCGAAGGUGAUGAAGUUUAAGUCACUGCUUCACUACUCUGAAUUGCUGGCGAUGAACAGACCGUUUCCUGAGGUGCCACCACAGUUCAUCGACGAUCUGUUUCAGAUGGGUGGUGAUUUUGUGCUGGAUGAAGGUGGUAAAGUGAUUUUUUCUUACCGGUGUAUAAGCCCAGUGGACAGACCAUCAGCCGCACAGAUUCUGGCCGCCGUCUCUGCUCAUGCAGGCCUUUCUUAAUUCCUGCAGAGGCUGAAAAAGGUUGACUCCACAGAGACGGAGCUCGUCCAGAGGUUGUAUGGAUGAAGAUAUGACUUGAACUCAUAUGAAGAGUCAUCUCUGAUGGGAAUUUACAGCUUCUGGUCAUCAAAGC